AUGGCUCAAACUGAACAGAAGGACCAAGACUUGGGCGCACCGCAAUUUGCCUAUCAUGCUGUCGUCGAACCCAUUUUUAUCGUCGGUGUCAUGGUAGCAUCUUGCUACUUCAACCGCCUACGUGACUUCUCCAUCAUCCCUUCGUCCAAACAAGAUCAGGGCCUGUUGGGCCAGUCGAAACUCGAGCCAUGGGAUGAAGAAGACGUACACGACGAGACAGAGCGUCUCAACCUCGCCGCUGCCGCAUCACCGACCUCGUCGCUGACAGAAGUCCACCCUCCCAAGCAGCGCAGUUGCUGCGGCGCCGUCAUCCGCACGCCCAACUCGUCCCGCUACGCCAAGUACUGGCACUCGCGAUUUAUACAAAAGUUUCCCUUUCUCGUCGAGAUGUUCUACUGGGCUGUCAACUUGGUCUUCUACGUCGGUGUCAAAAAUGCGAGCGAGCUUGUUGCUGCUACCGACGGUGUGUGGCAGACGGCUGAGAACCAUGGAAAGGCGGUGUUGUGGUUCGAGCAAGAGGGGCCAUUCAGUUGGAUGUUCCCCCUGCGUGAGAUCGAUGUGCAGUCGUUCUUCAGAAAUGAUCAUCAGACGAUGUUGACCAUUCUCAACCGCGCUUACUCACUUAUUCACAUCCCCGUUACUGUCAGCUUCCUCGCAUGGUACUACUACGCCGCACCCACGCAUGCCCAGUUUGCCGAAGCUCGUCGCAUGAUGACCUUGACCAACCUUUUCAGCUUCGUUGUGUUUACCACGUAUCCAUGCAUGCCACCUCGUCUCCUACCCGAGGAGUACGGCUUCUUCGAUACUGUCCGUCGCGAGGACGCCGAGUCCAUCUACGCCACCAACAAGUUCUUCAACCAGCUGGCUGCGUUCCCCUCGCUGCACUUUGGCUAUUCGUUCUGUAUCGGUACUGUGCUUCUGUACCACUCUGGGUUGUUCCGUCGCCGCCUCGCGCCCCGCGAGAAGCGCCUCAGCAAGCUCUGGCAGGUGUUUUUCGUGGCGCUUAGUAUUUUGUACCCUGCCUUUGUCCUGACUAUUAUUGUCGCUACGGCGAAUCACUACUGGCUUGAUGCGAUGGCCGCUACGUUUGUUGUUUUGGCUGCGUGGUUGUCUAACCCAUACAAGCGGUGUAACUCUUUCGUACCCCACUUGACGCAUUGA